CCGGGCUGCGUGCUUCUGUACCUGUCCUUCAGGCACAGCAGCAAUGAACGUACGCACCAGUGCUCUGCCUGCUGUGAAGGGAAUUCGCCAUUGCGCUGGGUCUCCUCAUCUACAGUCCUUGUUAACGAGCUGGUGGUUGCUGGUGCUGAGGCAGUGGUCCUGGGUCAGCUCGAGUGCAUUCCGGUGGUCGUCUGGAGCUCAGGCAAAGGACCUCUUCUCCGCACCCCUAAGAUCUCAGUGUAGCAGCAGCCCCGGGAUGGGGAGGAAUUGCUGGACCCAGCUUGACCUUUGAAGAGUACCAGAUUUCUCCACUUAACUGCAGAGUGCCUGGGAGCUACUGCCCCUAGUACACGCUGCACUGUGAGCCCUGCCAGGUUUCCUGCCUCCAUGGGCAGGGUCUGGAGAUGCUCCUCCCUCAGGGCUAGUCACUUCCCCUCCAUCAGCUCGCCCUGGGGCCCCGCAGAUGUGUAUCUUCACUUGUCAAAUCUCCAUCCAGCUCUGAUCUGCGCCUGCGGUGCGCUCUUUGACGUACGAGGCAACUUCUUCCUCACGCUGGGCGAGGCAGCUCCUGUUUCCCCGCCACGUGCCGCUGAAGGACACGGUCGUGACUGCAGUCAUGCUUCCAGGUGGUCAUGAAGAUGCUGAGCUGCACAGGUUAACCCAAGAAGGAGCUCUCCCGCAAAGGAGCAUGGUCCACAGAGAGGAGAAGCCAGGACUGCCGCUUUGCAGAAAGGUUUGCUAUGCUAUUGGCGGCAUUCCCUACCAGAUGACAGGCAACGCCAUUGGGUUUUUCCUCCAGAUCUUCCUGUUGGAUGUUGUGCAGAUGGAGCCACUCCAUGCCUCUUUGAUCAUUUUCCUUGGAAGAGCCUGGGAUGCGGUUACUGACCCAGCUAUUGGCUUCCUAGUCAGCAAGAGCCCAAGGAGAAAAUAUGGCAAGCUGGUCCCAUGGAUUGCAUGCUCCAUGCCAUUUGGGGUGCUCUGUUACUGCAUGAUGUGGUCCACCCUCUCGGAUGCCACCCCCGCCUCCCUGAAAUUCCUGUGGUACCUGUUCAUGUACAGCUUCUUCCAGACUUGCAUGACUUGCCACCACGUGCCGUACUCUUCCCUGACAAUGUUCCUGGGAGGAACCCAGAGAGACCGUGACUCAGCCACUGCCUACAGAAUGGGCAUGGAGGUGUUCAGCACGCUCCUUGGGUCAGGAAUCCAGGGGCAGAUUGUGGGCCGUUACCACACCCGCACGAUGAACAGCUGUUAUGUGUCGAACGAGACCCUAUCCAACACCAGCACCUACAGCCUCACGGACUCUCUGGAGAACACAGUAAGGGCUGGCCCAUCUGUCCCCUGCUCCUCCUGUAAGUUCUGGGGCAGGUGCCACUGGCCAUGCUGCCAGCUCUGUGCGUGGUACCCACGUUGUCACUGUGUACUAUCUCUUGUUUUCCAGCGUAGGGCCUAUAUAUUUGCAUCUCUGGUCCUGGGCUCAAUCUAUUGCCUGUCCUGUCUGAUUCUCAUCUUUGGCGUCAGGGAGCAGCCUGGGCUCCUCAGUCCCCUGGGGAAGGUUGAGCUGCCCUUUGCCAGCUGUCUGAGGAUGGUCAUGGGACACAAGCCCUACACCCAGCUGCUGUGUGGCUUCCUCUUUGCAUCCUUGGCCUUCCAGAUCACACAGGGGAUCUUUGCCUUCUUCUGUACUCAUGCCGCGGGGCUGGCUGGGAAGUUCCAGCACUUAGUACUUAUUAUGUUGGUCACAGCUUCCCUCUCUAUUCCCUUUUGGCAGUGUUUUUUGGGGAGAUUUGGAAAGAAAACAGCAGCGUCACUGGGUCUGGCGCUGAUCAUCCCAGCCCUGGUGGCCGUCACCCAGGUGAUGCACAGCUUCCUGGCCUUCAUCUUCCUGGUGAUCAUGGCAGGCUGCAGCAUGGCUGUGCUCUACCUUUUACCAUGGUCCAUGCUGCCAGAUACGGUGGAUGACUUCAUGCUGAGGAACCCCAGCUGCUUCAACCUGGAGGCGCUCUUCUACUCAUUUUAUGUCUUCUUCAACAAGUUUGCAGGUGGCCUUGCUGUGGGGAUAUCAACACUGAGUUUACAUUUUGCAGGUUACCGUGCUGGAGACUGCGAAUACAACCCCUCCGUCAUCCUCACCCUGCAGCUUCUCAUGGCCCCAGUCCCAAUAAGCCUGCUGCUCAUUGCCAUAGUUAUCUUCUGCCUCCAUCCCAUCAAUGAGGAGAGAAGGAAGCAGAUAAGGAUGGAGAUGGAGGCAAUGGGGCAUCAGGUACAGCGCGGCAGCCGAGAAUAAACCCAGGGCUGAAGUGGGUGAGUUCAUCGGGAAGGACACGGCUUUGCUGCGCUGUCAGGAUGUGCUGCUGUCAGGGAAAAUCGUCGCUUCCUGUUGCUUCCUGUUCCCUGUCCCAAUGGCUUGUUUUGUAUCCUGACCCCCUCCCUCUGCCGGCUGGCAGGCGCAGGACGGGGAGGGGGGUCCUGCUGCACCCCCAGCCCUGCCACCUCACCAGAGCUGCUUUCUCCAGGGCUUGGCCUCACCGGUCCUUUGGCAGGUCCUGACAGAUCUGGGCAAAGCAGAUCCGCGCUCUCCUUCUGGGGAAAGACUGCAGUGCUGGGGAGGAAGGGCCCCCGCCAGCCCCGGAGCAGUGCUCUCACACACUGGGGUGCGGAGGUGUCACUUAACCUUGUGGGAAAGCACGCACAAAGAACACAGGGAUUGUUUUUGAGAGGAAACUGCUUUUGACCAGUAUUUAGGGAAAAUACUGCGGAGAUAGUGCAUGUCUUUGUGCUUAGACUGCCCUUUCACAGGGAAGGGUUUAGAAUUUCUUUGAACAACGGUGAAGUUCAAGCCAGUGGUGGUUUAAAGCAUGUGCAGAAACAAUGACACCUGGCAGCAGGGUGGUGGAAGCCAGUUCUGUCCAUCUGCCUGAGCCCUGUCAGCUGAGACACUUCUGGGAAACCAGGAGCUUCUCGGCGCAAAAGGUUGCGGGAAUGGGCUGUGUUGCCUCCGGUCAGGCAGCUGGGGGGGUUUCUGGCAGCUUGUCCCGGUUUUUGCCAGGUUGGCAUGUUACAGCAGAAGUGUCAAAUGGACAUCAAGAAGAGCUGAGUUGCUUUUAAAUCCUAGCCCAUAGCUCGAUCUCCCACAGCAGCAUCUUGCGAGAGCUGCUCAGCACCCCCACGUCUCUCCUGGCAACAGUGAGGGGGCAGCAGGGGAAAGAGAGGAGAAACCAGCCAUCUCGUGGCUGGUAGCGCUGAGCUGUGUUCAGCCUUGUGCAGCGGCAGAGCGUGAGGCUGGUUAUUUUUAGGGCUAGAGCUGUAUCUGACCGUUGGUUGACCUUGCAGCUCUCCAGUCUGGUGCACACUGGCAGGAUCUGAGCAAAUUACUCCCCAGUUGUGCGCUGAAUUAAUUUGAAGCCUUAAGUCUUGUGGUGCAACUUCGCGAUCAAUGGGGGAGAUCGUGUUUUAGAGCUGCGUCAGGGCAUCUGCAGGAUUGUCACAGCAGUCAGAACAAUUUCAGUCCAGAUUCAGAACAAUUUCUCAGAAGCACAAAAAGCCUCCUUUUUUUCCUCUUUUUUCUUUUCUUUUUUUUUCUGUAGUUUUGGUUUCUGGAGUGUGAAGGAUGUUCCUUGGGAUCGCCUGACUACACCUGCGGUCAGGUGUUGGGAUGCACUGCCCUCUGCCACUGCACUGCUUUCAGCCUUGCUGCCUGCGGAUUUAAGAAAAAGCAAGUGCCUUUGAGUAUCAAGGAAGAGAGUUUCAAAUCCUGCAGAAAGCGUGACUUAUGUCCAAAGGCACUCACCCUUUGGGACAGAGGAGUGGGCUUGAUCUGGAGCUCCCAAACUGCAGCACAGUCCACGGGCCACCGCAGGGCAGGACCUGACCCAGCGCAGGGCAGGGAGCUGCUGGUGGUGUGCGUGGUGCCUGCCAGCCCCGCUGCUGCCUGGGGUGGUGCUUCUGUAUAUCAAAUAAUGUCCCAUUUAUUUUUUACAC